GCGGGGCUGCGGCCGCCGCCGAGCGCUCCGCGGAGAAAGCUCCGGAGCCGCGGCCCCCAUUAUGCUCAGCCAUGGCGUGGCUGCCGGGCGGGCUGGCCGAGCUGCGCUGGGGCGCGCUGGUCGCCCUGUUCGUGGCGGCGCUGGCCACGCUGGCCGUGUACCUGGUGCAGUACGCGCUGCUGGCGCUGCGGAGCCGCCGCCGCCGCCCGCCGCCUCUGCCGGCUCCCGCCGCUCCCGCUCCGCGGGACGAGCUGCUGGACGAGGGCGGCUCGGUGCUGGCCUGGGCGCUGUCGCGGGGCAGCUGGAGGCGGCAGUGGCGCCGGGCCUGGGUGGCCGCGCUGCGGGCCGAGGCGGCGGAGCGGGCGGAUUCUCAGCUGCUCACGUUUGAGGAAGAUGACCCACCAGAACCACUUGAGCUGGCAGUUAAAGAAGUAAUUAGUGUUGUAAAGUCAGCUGAAGAGAAGGUGAUUUCUUGCAACGUUGUGGGAGAUUCUGUAAGGUUUGUUGUCGCUGUCUCUGACCCUUCGCCCACAGCUGCCGAGCCUCGGUCCUACAGUGUGAAACUGUCUCCACUUCACUUGCAGCUCCAGCUCUCUGUGAAAGACAAAGGAGAAGAUGUCAAAGUUGAGUGGUUCCUCAUUAACACCAAUGAAAUCAACUUUGAAAUCCAGCCAGCAGUGCAGGAGGGACAGACAGCAGGGACAUGUGCAAUACCUGAAACGCUCAGAGACGUCUUGAAGCACCUCUUUAGCUCAGCUUCUCCAUCCGUGGUGUUGAGUGUGAGGCCUGCAGAUACAAAGGAGGUUCAGAAUGUACAGAACACAAGCCUUCUCCCUCAGGGCGCCAGUCCUCCCAAACCUCCAAGGGCUCACGAGCUCAAGCUGCUGGUGAAGAACAUCGCGGUAAACCCGGCCCAUCACCGUGCUGCAGGCAGCACAGACCUUGUGUGUAUAGCUCAGCUGAAUGACCCUAUGCAGAAGUUUUCCAGCUCUGUAGCCAAAAAUGCUGCACGUCCCUUUUGGAAGGAAGAGUUUAUCUUUGAACUAAGUGCCAAAUCAAAAGCAUUGGAGCUGCAAAUAGUAGAAGAUGGAAAGACGGAUAGUCCUUUAUCCGGGAAGGUGACUGUACCUCUGGACUUGUUCAGGAAACAACCCUCUGGCCAGCAAAGCUUUACCCUGAACAGUGAAGCCAGUGAGGGCAGUUCAGAGCCGGGGCCUGGGCUGGGAUCCAUCAGUGCAGAGUUCUCAUUUAUAGAACCCAGUGAACUGAAGACAAGGCAAGUCUCUUCCCCAGUGCUGGCCACCAAGAUAGAAAAGGAUCGCACUGUGAUGCCCUGUGGGACUGUGGUCACUACUGUCACUGCUGUGAGAACCAAACCUCGCCUGGAAGGGAGGGCAUCUCCCCUCAGCACAGAUUCUCCUGUGAAAACUCCAGUUAAAGUAAAGGUGACUGAAAAGGAUUUCUCUGUUGAAGCUCUCCAUUCUCAUGGUGCUCCAGUCAGCAAAACUUUGUCAUCUUCAGACACAGAGCUGCUGGUACUGAAUGGCACCGAUCCUGUGGCAGAAGCAGCCAUUCGGCAGCUGAGCGAGUCUGCAAAGCAGAAGCUGAAGUCUCCUAGAAAGAAAAGCACCAUUAUCAUAUCAGGGGUGUCCAAGACCUCUUUAUCUCAGGACAGUGAAGCUUCACUCAUGAUGGACUAUGCUGCAGCCAUGGACAGCUCCUGUCCCAAAGAAGCAGAUCCACCCCCUGUGGAGGAAGCUGUUGCAAAACCCACCCCUGUUGAAAAGCUGCCAUUGGAUCCCUCAGAAACAACAGUACCUGACACUGGCCCAGGGCAGAGCACCCACAAGGCCUGGGGCUUGGAGAACGGCAGCCAGCAGUGGGACACCAGCACCCUCUUAGACCAGACCUCUGAAUCGAUAUCUGGGAGCUCGCUGAGCGUUUCAGAAAGCGGGAGCAUGAAAAAAUCCAAAGGUGGGAUCCUGAAAAAAAGCGCGAAGCUCUUUUUCCGCCGGCAGCACCACCAGAAGGAUCCAGGAAUGAGCCAAUCCCACAACGACCUCGUGUACCUGCAGCAGCCCCUGUCAGAGGAGACCCGCAAGAAGGGAGGCACCCUCUCACGGAUCCUGAGCAGGAAGCUCCUUUCCAGGAACAAAAGCAAGAGCAAACUGAACGGUGCUCCGGGAGAGCCGUACAUAUAAGAGCGGACCCUCUCUGCUGGGAUACUUGCACAUCAGUUGAGCAUUUUGUUUACAGAGCAGUGCUAGAGAAUACAAAUAAUGGCUGAUGGCUUGCAUAAAAGGAUGUUCACUAAUACAGUGGUCUUUUUUCGUUUGUUUUUCCAAAAGACGCUUUUUCUCUCUGAUGAUGAAGUUGCUCCUCCGAAUACGAGCAGUGCUACAUUAAUCAUGAAGGCUUUGGAGAACCAUGUGGUUUAUUGUGGAAGAUGAGGGAGGAUGGGGAAUGGUGCAGGUGGGGACCAAGAAGGCCGCUGGUAUCCUGGAGUGCAUCAGGAGGAGCACUGCCAGCAGGCCCAGGAAGGUGAUCCUGCCCCUCUGCUCAGCCCUAACGAGGCACAUCUGCAGUGCUGUGUCCAGUUCUGGGCUCCUCAGGACAGGAGGCACGUGGAGCUCUUGGGGCAGAUCCAGAGGAAGAUGCAAAGAUGCUGAAGGGAUGGAGCAUCUCUGGGAGCAGGGAAGGCUGAGGGAGCUGGGACUGUUCAGCCUCCAGAGGACACGCUGAGAGGGGACCUCCCCCAGGUCUGUGGGGUCUGCAGGGAGGGGGCAGAGGAUGGACCAGGCUCUGCUCGGGGGGGCCCAGCAAUGGCACAAGAGGAACAGGCAGGAACUGAUGCCCAGCAAGUUCCACCUGGACACAAGGAAGAGUUUCUUUGCUUUGUAGUGAUCCAGCACCGAACAGAUCACCCAGAGAGGGUGUGGAGUCUUCCUCACUGGGGAUAUUCCAGAACCACCUGGACACAAUCCUGUGCCAUGUGCUCUGGGAUGACCCUGCUUGAGCAGGGAGGUGGGACCAGAUGACCCACUGUGGUCCCUUCCAUCCUGACCCACUCUGUGGGGAGGACCCACGUGUGAGCACCCGGUUUUACGUUAACAGGGAGCUCAGAACUGAAACAUCGACCCUGGGUUGCAUGACUGAACUACUGCAGAGAGAGAAGACACCACUGUGCUCCCUCACUGCAGCCUGCAAUAGUAGCAACGCAGGGCUCAACUGAUUUUUCUAGUCAGGCUGAAAGGGAAAAAAAAAAAAAAAAAAAAAAAAGAGACCCAGAUCCAGUUUUAUUGUAAUGUGGAAACGGGUAAGUUUUCAGAAGCAGAAGGAAAAUGCUGAUUCAGAUAUCCUACUGUAAUAACUGUAGCCUGCUGUAAUAACUGCUCGGUCCAUGUAGGUGGAGAGAUGCCUUUGAUAUUAGCCAUAAAUCAAUAAAUUAUGCAAAUAUCUGUACUAGCAUAUUGUUCAAUGUUCUGUGCAGAAUUUAUGCUUAACAAAACAACCUUUUUUUUUUUAAAGUCUACUUGAGUCUACUGGCAAACAACACAUUUACCAAGUCUUAUGUAUAGCUUUCCUUCCCUGUGUGAGAAGCUGCAUUGCUGAUGCAAAAACCUGUCUUAGGCGCUCUAACUCCUUCUCCCAAGUACUUGUUAGACAAGUAUAUUAACCAUCGUAUCAAAUGCAAAGCUAGGAGCAAUAAAUGGUAAAUAGAGCAUAGUUAACCCUACAGUGCUUUUUAUUAGACAGCUUGUUUUACUCGCCAAACACCGAGAUCUUAGAAAACACAGCUGUGAAGAAAGCUUUUGAAACAAUAAUAACCAUUCCCUUAGCUCACUUUCAGUUUCUAGGUCUGCCAGUGUUGUCAUGUGAUUGGUGAGUGGUUGGUCAGAUGAAUUUUUUUAACUUUUUCUCCUUGUUAAAUAUUGCAGCCGGCUCUUUUAAAUUAAAAUGAUGGAAGUAAAAUCAUAAAGGUUCUUGUUUUGGCUAUCAAGAGUAAAAUGUCAGUCUUUCAUAGGUGCCAUCUUUCGUGUUUACCUGUACUUUUCCAUCAUCUACAUUCCUGCUGAGGACAAAGGACCAAGCCUGUUCUCUUCAGCCAAGAAAAACAUCCAUUCAUUCCACCUAAAUUACUGAAAUGAAUGGAUGAUAGAUUGGUGCCUACUUUGCCAGUAGUGAUUUUCCCCCUGGCCCCUUUCCUCCCCUUAAGCUGUCCCAACUCUUUGGCAGAUAUUUGGGCUUUCGAUUUAAACGAUUCAUCAAAAAUAGAAAGUCACAGAAGAACAGAAACACGUUUUAAAUCUUCUGAUGGACUCAAGAUUCUAUGGCAACAUACUUAUACAAUGAAUAUCAAAGUAGAGGGGGUUUGGUUUCUUUUUGACCAGAAAAAUAUUGGAGGAAAUGAGCUGUCAGAAUCCUUUAACUGUGUAAAAAUACUGUUUACGUGUAACCUCCAGAAAUCACUGUGGUAGUACAGCAGACCAGACUAUCAAAUAGUUGUAUGUUUAAGGAUGCUGCUUAUCAUGAAAACACUUGAAGGCAUUUUAAUGUUCUGUAUUUUGAAAAUUGGUUACAAAUGAAUCUUCUAGAGCUGUAAUGUGCUUAGAAAUCCCAGUUCAGUAAUACAGGCGUGUCCAGCUUGAAUGUGCUUGAACGCUUUUGUUUAUUGUUAAUUUAAUACAGAGUGGGUUUCUUCAUUUCCAUCAUACAGUGGUUCAUAGUAUGAGCAGUAAAACCCCUGAUGUCCUGUUCUCUAAACAUCCAUUUUUUUCCCCUUGAUUUUAUUUGGAGCUCUCUGCAUGACAGGGCAGGAUGGGGAUCAAGUCCCUGCCAGGUUUAACUGCUCGGUCUUGUUUGCUGAAGGAGAAAGCCACAAAUCAAAGUGAAACUGAGCUCCGUGGGUAGCAACACCCUUACACUAAAGACAAAGACCUGUGGAACUGGGAAUGCAGGAGCAGUGACACUACUUCAAGUCUUGCUGAAGUUGCUGAACUGGGAUUUUCAUUCACAGAAGCUUUAGCCUGUACUGUAGAACGGGGUGGAAAUAACACCCAGUAACUUGCAGAAUACAGGAGUAGGGUUUGCUCCUAGCUUACCCUAAAGAAUAGUUACACGCAGAAGAAGUGAUUUUUUUGGUUCCUCUUAAGGCCUUGGUGAUCGCCUAAAUGCUUGUCUUGGUGGUGGGAACCAAGAACAUUCUAUACUAUGAAGUGUGUGGAGGUCUGAGCUCGCAUGUGUGGAAAGACAAUGAAUUCUUAAGAUGAGGAAAGCGAGGCAUUUGGGGUAAAAAGGGAAUCUUGGGUUUUUUACUUGCCUUCACUCCUCAGGAAAAUGAACAUGGUUUGGUUUGA